UGUGGUGUCCCUCCAUUUCCCGGGGACCCUGUUCCCAGCCCCGUCCGAUCCGACUCCACCCCCCACCGCCACCGGCGGCAGAUCUAGAUCGGAGCCAGCCAGCCAGCCGGCCGGCGCCGUCCGCCUCCGCCCCGGCGAUCUCCGACCCGAGAUGGAGGCCGUCCCCGCCGCGGAGGCCCUCGACGGGCACAAGGACCGGUUCGAUCUCGGGGUCUUCGUCGGCGACCUCGCCCUCGACGAGGAACUCACCAGUGACGAUGAGUCCCUGGAGGGGCUGCAGCAGGAGCUCGACGACUGCAAGGAUGACCAGGAGGUCGCGAACAUCCUGGCCAACGGCAUCAAGCUGCGCGAGUACACAAAAGGCGUCGAGAAUAACAUACGCCAAGUCGAGCUGGAUUCCAUACAGGAUUACAUUAAGGAGAGUGAAAAUCUAGUUUCGCUGCAUGAUCAAAUUCGCGAUUGUGACAAUAUUUUGUCCCAAAUGGAAACGGUUCUGACUGGAUUCCAGACAGAAAUUGGUUCCAUAAGUUCAGAGAUAAAGGUCCUUCAGGAGAAAUCUAUGGACAUGGGAUUAAAGCUGAAAAAUCGUAAGGCUGCAGAGUCUAAAUUGUCAAAAUUUGUCGAGGAUAUAAUCGUACCUCCAAGAAUGAUUGACAUAAUUGUUGAUGGAGAGGUCAAUGAUGAAUAUAUGAAAACACUUGAGACUCUAAGCAAAAAAAUCAAGUUCAUUGAUGCUGAUCCUAUGGUUAAAUCAUCCAAGGCUUUAAAAGAUGUUCAGCCUGAGGUUGAGAGACUACGGCAGAAAGCUGUCUCAAAGAUUUUUGAGUUUGUCAUCCAAAAGUUCUAUGCCUUGAGAAAACCCAAAACUAAUAUUCAGAUUCUACAGCAGAGUGUUCUUCUUAAAUACAAAUACACAAUAAUUUUCCUUAAGGAACAUGCUAAGGAGAUAUAUGCAGAAGUUCGUGCGGCAUAUAUUGAUACCAUGAAUAAGGUACUAAGUGCACAUUUUCGUGCGUACAUACAAGCACUAGAGAAACUACAGAUGGACAUAGCUACUUCCACCGACUUACUUGGUGUUGAAACCAGAAGUACAGGCUUCCUUUUCUCCAUUGGAAAAGAAUCUCUGAAAACCCGUUCUUCAGUGUUUGCUUUGGGUGAACGAAUAAACAUAUUGAAGGAAAUUGAUCAGCCAGCAUUGAUACCUCAUAUAGCUGAAGCAAAGUCACAGAAAUACCCAUAUGAAGUUCUUUUCAGAAGCUUGCAGAAACUUCUUAUUGACACAGCCACUUCUGAGUACCUGUUCACUGAUGAUUUCUUCGGCGAAGAAUCUAUAUUCCAUGAUAUAUUUGCAGGACCAAUUCAAGUGGUUGAUGAACAUUUCAAUGCUGUACUCCUGAACUGUUAUGAUGCAAUCGGAAUAAUGCUUAUGAUCAGAAUAAUUCAUCAGCACCAGCUCAUCAUGUUCAGACGGCGAAUCCCAUGUUUGGACUCUUACCUAGACAAGGUUAAUAUGUCACUCUGGCCUCGGUUCAAGAUGGUGUUUGACUUGCAUUUGAACAGCUUGCGAAAUGCAAAUAUUAAGACACUUUGGGAGGAUGAUGUCCAUCCACACUAUGUCACAAGGAGAUAUGCUGAAUUUACAGCUUCUCUAGUUCAUCUCAAUGUUGAACAUGGGGAUGGUCAGCUUGAUCUUAAUUUGGAGCGAUUGCGGAUGGCUAUUGAGGACUUGCUUGUUAAGUUGGCUAAGAUGUUCAGUAAACCGAAGCAGCAAACUAUUUUCUUGAUAAAUAAUUAUGAUUUAACAAUUGCCAUUUUGAAGGUAGCCAUUCUCCAACUAAUUUUAAGUGCUGGUGUUUUAUGUUGUAACUUUUCAAUACAAAUCUAUAAAAUAACCACCGCCUCAUUCAAUCUGAUGUUUGUCAAAAAGGAGGCUGGAACAGAGGGAGGGAAGGCACAACUCCACUUCGAGGAGGUUCUUAAGAGCAACAUUGCAAUUUAUGUGGAAGAGUUGCUCCAGGAGCAUUUCAGUGACCUGAUCAGAUUUGUCAAAACUCGUCCUGCGGAUGAAACGGCUACGAGUUCAGAGAAAGUCAGCAUUUCUGAAGUUGAACCGCUGGUAAAGGAUUUCGCUAGCCGGUAUAAGGCUGCGAUUGAGCUGAUGCACAAAGAUGUGAUCACGUCUUUCAGCAACUUCCUGUGCGGGAUGGAGAUCCUGAGGGCAGCGCUCGCCCAGCUCCUGCUGUACUACACCAGGCUCACCGAGUGUGUCAAGAGGAUCAAUGGAGGCUCUGCUCUGAACAAGGACCUGGUGUCCAUAUCCUCCAUCCUGUUCGAGAUCAAGAAGUAUUCUAGGACCUUUUAGUUGCUUCACCCCCUUCCAUGUACACUUAGACGACUAGUUAAGGGGUGGCGGUGUAGUGUAAUGGCAAGCUGGCAUGUGCUACUGCAGAUGAAACAAGAGCAAUUUGUUGUGAUUUGUAGCUCCGUCGGUGUUAUUUGGCCGUUGGCCCCUACCCUUUUCCAGCACAGAACCGUGGCCUUAAUGCUGUUGUUAUAUUAUAGUGUAUACGCUCGAGAUAUGUAUCAAAUGUUACUGCUUAAUGUAAUUCUCUUACAAGAAUGGUGAUUUUGUGGUCUGUUUAGGACCUGUU